AUGCGCUCUUCUCUCAGCAUUGCGUGCGGAAUCGCAUUCGCCGCAGUCGCCUCUGCUAUUCCCACAAUCUCGGUCAAGGGAAGCAAAUUCUUCACUAGCGAUGGCAACCAAUACUUUGUCAGAGGUGAGCGAUCUAACCUUUAUAUGUCGAGUUGUGGAAAUCUAAUGUUUUUAUANGGUGUCGCUUACCAGCUUGUCCCCGACGACCCGCUUAUCGACAACACCCAGUGCCAAUUGGACGCAUCAUUGAUGAAGACUCUGGGUGCUAAUGCCAUCCGUGUCUACCAUGUGGACCCCACGGCUGAUCACCAGGCCUGUAUGAAGACUUUCGCAGACGCUGGAAUCUACCUCUUUGUUGAUCUCGACACUUUCACCACUCAGAUCGAGCAGACCAGUCCCCAAUGGAACCAGACUCAAUUUGAUGCAUUCGCCAAGGUUAUGGACGAAUUCCAGCAGUUUGAUAACACAGCUGGUUUCUUUGUCGGUAACGAGGUUCUCACUACUGGAAACGGCUCUGUUGCUGCUCCCUAUGUCAAGGCUGCUGCUCGUGACAUGAAGGCUUACCGCAACAGCAAGAACUACCGCAACAUCCCUGUCGGUUACUCUGCUGCAGAUAUCUCUUCCCUCCGUCCCAACCUCCAGAACUACCUUGCUUGCGGUACCAACUCUUCGGACGCUUUGGACUUCUUCUCCCUCAACGCGUAUGAAUGGUAA